AUGCGCAGAUCCUGGGUCCUGGACUGCCUUCAGCCGCACAUAGGCACCACAGACAAGGCCCCGGACCGGCCAGAUGAUCAGCCACCCCAGCCAGGGGAUGCUAACGCGCUUGUUUAUUUAGGAUCCACUUUGGAUGAAAACGCCCUCUACUUUACCCACGGGCCAUGCACAUUCUAUGCAAAGAUACGAGACAUCCAAUAUCGACACGGAAGGGCAACAGCGCUUGUUUAUCUCUCCCCCACCUUGGCGAUAACAACGUCUGUGCCCCUUCACCAGGUGCGAGCGAUCUAUGAUUCCGAGCUCUAUGACCAAUUGCUUUAUCAAAUCUCACAAGCUAAUGAUAAUUCUGAAAAUACCAAGACACAUGGACAGGACGCGAUUAAGGCAGCUCCGACCAUCUUGACGGACGAGCGUGACAGAAUUGCCUCUUUUGCUACUCUGUAUCUAGCACCGACAGCCCUAAGUACAAUCGUUCCGUCCAGUUACAAACCUUUUAAACUUACGAAACGCAUGUUUGCAAGCAUCAUGCAACACCUACCGAGAAUGUUGCCUGACCGAGAACACGUUCUUGAGGAUAUCAAGAUUAAUUACCAAACGGCCCAGAUGGUAUAUGCCAAUCGAUAUUUCUACUUUCCUAGUAACCCUAUGUACGAUCUUACUCUUAUGGAUAAAAUCGUUUCUAAAGAAAGAUUCAGAGCAGAUAGCAUCCAAGAGCAGGCUUUCGAGCUACGCAGAAAGCGGUUUAAACUGUUGCAAACAUACCUCUCCCAUGAGCUUCGGUUUCUGCCUACCUACACAAUGAGUCUGUUUCUUCUAACAUCGUUGGCCAACUUGCAUGCAGAUCUAUUUCACCAGCAGCAGCCUGUUCCAUCCACAGAACUCCUAUCUAGAUUUUCGCUAUGUUUGUCCUGCUUUCAGCAGUUCCUUGUUGAUAUCGCAGACGCCGAGGAGCGAACAAAGCAUUUAAAGAUCAGAAUAGACAAACUAGAGGACUAUCAUAAGAAUAUGUGCGCAGCUGUAAGCCUUCUCUCUGGAGAGCCCUAUAUUUCUACCGUUGAGCUUUUCGUGCGUGCAUUACUUCCAUUUGGACUCUUCCUGUUUUGUGUGCAUGUAACGCUUCGGCUUAGGACAUAUACUUCUUCUAGAAUAAUGCAACUCUUAAGAGCUGAACAGCGCCUUGCUGAGGAGGAUCCUGAUAACGUACUUUCCUGCUCAGCAACUGAGCUGAUUCCAGUUGAUAAGGAAUUGUCUGAUACUGAUACUGACACUGACACAUCCGAGAGCUCUCUGUCUGCUGCUGUUACAUCAGUUGGGACUGGACACCCUGUUCCAGAUUUCAGUAGGGCAUCGUUUUCACUCAAGUCUAAAAGGCGAGAAGAAAGCUUCGCUACCACUCAACGUUUGCACUCAUCUAACGCUCUCAUGGGGGCGUCCAGUCAAGCUCUUGUUGAGAUGUUGGGAGUUGGCGGAGACUUUUCUCCCGAGCGGAUCUCCAAGCUCGUCGAUCUGGCACAGGAGCGCGAUAAGCACGAGUUACUAGAGGCGAUUCACUACGCUCUCUUGGGAGCAAGACGAAUCACGGUUGCUCCACUCAAUACCCCAGAGGUCUAUGCAUCUAUAACAAGAUACCAACAACCGACUUUAGAGGAUCAGAGGCUUCCAUCCACUGAGCAGCCCAGCAAGGCUUCGUUCGAGGUCUCCACGAUGCCAUCAAAGCCUGCUAUCUUGGGCACAAGCAUAAGAACAUCUAUCCCAACUACAGUUCCCACUCGUAAAGCUACAACAAUGGUUUUCAAAGACCCUCAAACAUCCCACAGCCUAUCUGCCAUAUACACAAUUGCCAUCCUAGUGUAUUCACAGACAUUGACACGCCUAUUAGACGUUCAUGGCUGCACAGAUUAUUACCUUAAUCUAGUUGAACUAUCUAAGAAGCUCUCUUUCAAUCCUGAUCUCUUAUUCAACAGAUCCCCGGACUUUAUGCAAUACUUUUCGUUUGAGCCGCGUCUCCGCAUUACGCGGCCGAUGCGAUUGUCCCUUUUGUACAACCUGGCUUCGCAGAGUGUACUUUUCGACUCCUCUAUCCAGACUAUCAGGGCACACUUUCAACCAGUCGAGUAUAUGCGCCUUCUCCUCUCUUUUUUUUGUCCAUACCUAUUCUAUGAUAGCACAACUAAGAAAGAUCUUCAGAUAGCAGACUUUUGCUCUCACCAGUUGCAGGAGAAACGCCUGCUUAAGACGCUGGAAAAACUAGCGAACAAGACCUAUGAAUUCGUCCAGGAUUUCCCAUCUCUAGGCUCACCCCUGUCAGUGUUAUCGCAAGGCUCCAACAAUCAAGCUUCAAGUGACACUUCGGGCCAGACAAAUGACACCACAGACACCGAGGUAAUAAGGAUUGUAACGGCAUCACUAAGUGAUGAGGCUCUAGCAUUCUAUACUAGCAACCGCUGUGUCUUUCUUACAGACACGGAAGACAUGCGGCGCGUGCUCGCCACACCAUUGGCUCGCUUCCUUAUUUCACCUUUAGAGCACGUUGUGACUCAUUUCACCGGAAUAACCAAUCAAAUAUCAACGCUCUCUUCUGAGUUCCUCAACUUUAUGUCUUCGAAUGCAUCUGUCAAGCUUUUAGAGGCUCUGAAACCUCAUACGCCAGAGGAGAAACUUGGGCUAAAGGAUAUUCAGCAAUUUAUUAUCUUUCAGGAAACAGAUUCUAUCACACCUCCAGAUAUGCGGUGUCUGGGAGAUUUUAUCAGUAAGUUAGACCAGAUCCAGGCAGCUCUUCUGUCCAUGCAGCCAAGCCAGUCAGAGCACGAGACCAUGCAGUUACCUUCUGUUGUAGUAGAUCCCCAGCCUUGCACUGACCUCACUGGGAGAAGUCAGAAACCUAUAGAGUCACAAUCACUGGAGCUAGGAGACACCAUGCCUCUGAAGGACUUUGCACAACAGAGCAGAAGACAACCUUUUGAAACUGCGAUUCACUUUGGUCCAGCAAGCAUAGCCGUCUCUAUUAUCCGGGAUCAAUUUCUCCAGCUUGUCGAUGAGACGAAAAACACAAUCAGAUCCCGGUCAAUCUCUGUCCUUCUCAACUUCAUUAACUAUGUCUCCUCAGAAAUACAUGCACUGCACACGCUCUUCUUUUCGUUCAUGCUAGACCCAGAGCUGCUGAGAGACAUUGACAAGGUUAAGGAGUAUCUAUCCAUGAGCAGGCUGAAAUCUGCAUUUGCACGCGUCUUUGACUAUAUACACACCAUAGUUACGCAGUGCAGCUCGUGCUUGUCUAUCUCUAUCCUUGACAGUGUCUCAAGCCUUGUGGAGCGUAUAUUCCGGGACUUCCGUGCGAUGUCUGCACUUGCCAACGAGUCCCCUCCCUAUCGUGAAGGUAAGGCAGCACUGGGUGUCCUAAAUGAUCAAGCUAUGCAGCUCACACAGGUCUUUGCAGCAUACUAUGUCAGUCCAUCUAAUAGACAGGAGCAGCCAAUCUAUGGACCCGAUAACAUGCCACCAUUCUACUUGCGUCCCCAGACUGAUACCGUUAUCGGCACUAGAGAAACCAACUACGCGCCUGUUUGCAAGCAACGAGAGAUUAAGUAUGAUACUUCAAAGGUGGUUGAGUUUCUCCUGGUAUGCAAUGAAACAGACCCUUCUCUUGGAGACACUAUCCUUUCUUUUAAUUUCUUUUCUUCGGUGAUUCUUCUAUUGGACAUCAUCUCCAUGACUCAAUCCACGUCUAGUGACCUUGUGCACAGAGCGUUUAUUUAUAGUCGCUUCAUUCGCUCAACUGAACAGCACCUCCAGACCAUAACUAAUCAUCUGGUUAACUCCGUCGCCGAGGUGCUUUGCUUAACCUACCAUUCAAUGAAGGCUGCACACGAUUCUGCCACCGAAUUUGAACAGGAAAACCCCUAUCUAUCGACAGAUUUUAACCUAACAAUGCUGCAAUUUGAUCUGAGCCUUAACAGCUCCGACAUUGAUGCGUCUAGCUUGUACGUGACUGAGGCACAGAUAUUAGAGUACGAGAGAGAGUUUUUAUUAUCCCUUGCACUAAAAACAGCCUUGCCGAUUUGUACAAAGCAUCAUUCUAGGGAGGAGCUAUUUGGGAAGGGAGGAGGCAUAAACGUUGCCAUCAUGGGCAACGUCGACUACACAUUUCUUUUAAAGAAUAGCCAAACCAGUGGACAACCUUCCGUAGCCGCACCUUCCACCGAUCCGUCGGUGUCGGCAUCUGCAUCUGCCAGAGGCGAACUGAACAAGGACGCCCAAGAGGAUUCCCUAUCUUAUACCCUGGCCGACCAGCUAUCUGAAGAAGCUGUUCCCAGCAGUAGGGCUUUGCCUGUGAGUGGAGUAGACGCGCUCCUGGCAUCAGAACUAAAACUUUCUAGAACCAUCGGCACGCUAAAGCGACAGGGACUUGAGCUUCACAAGGUGGUGCCUAGCGAUUCACUCUUUACAGAGGGAAUGUUUUAUCGGCGCCCAAUCAUUAAGAAGAAGGUCAAGACGGAAUUCAAUAUUAUACAAAUUCUGGCUGAGCUGCGCUUUAUCUUGCAAGAAAUAUGCAUCAUCCAGGCUUCCAUUGAUAAGUGGAAGCGCUUCAUAGGGCAGGAUAUACACAAAAGGCAGGACUCAGUCUCUGGCGUCGCAAAUAAGCACCCUAGUAAGGAUCUACAUCGCACAUAUAGCCCGUACACGUUACUCUCUAUAUGCCAUCCGCUUUGCUCUGUUGUAGCCAAUGUCUCCGACCUUGUUGCAUUGCACGAAAAGGGGGUUACAGUAGCAGUUGCUGACUAUCCUAGUUCACCCUUACUUCACCUGCUGGAGCAAACCGCAGAUAUUAUCAAAGUCAUACGGCACAGGGUUUCGAAUCCAGAUCAGCAUAGUUUUUCUAUACCAAGCUCAAACCUAACAAUCUUGAAACCUUCGCAGAGCUCUCAGAACAGGUCCAUCGAAGGUCACAACUUAGCUGCCAUUGGAACCGAACAAGACGGUGAUGCUGUGAACUCGUUAACUAGUGCAAACAUAAUGUCCCUUGCUAGUGUUCCUCUAACCGAUAAAGCAAAAAGGCUGAAGGGCGUCGGACCCACGUUGAAGCCUGAGACAAAAACGAACGACAACCUAAUAGUUUUAACAUAUGCAUCGUGGACAGAAUAUGUCGACUAUGCUCAGGAGAUGAUAGUUGCAUAUGCACUCCCUAUUACCAUUAUGUAUUUUGUCCGUAGUCCGCACCUUUGUGAGCAUCACUACAAGGCACUGGCAGAGUUAGUAGGAUGCACUCUUCCUUCUCAGACCGAGAUUUCCACUGGUACCGUCCAGCCAACCGUGCGAGAACCAAGCGAGGCAAGCACGUGGACAGCUAAGGACGGUAACCUGGAUGAAAGCACAGCACACAUAGUAUCAACGAAUGAGAUCAUAGUCUCUAAAGAUCAGUAUGCAAGAGCUGUCCUCUCCUUGUCUGUCUCUAGCUUUCUAGAGGCCUUCGAAAAGGAUAGCGACCUCUUCUCCGUUCUGCUAUGCAUCACCAACAACGCCUCAAUCGACAUGGAAGCCAGAGAGCAGCUAGCGGUCAUUGAUGACCUGCUGCAUAAUAUACUUAUGGAGUUCUCCUAUGAUAUGGCAACAGAAGUGGCAAAUAGAACCAGCACUGCGUGGAAUAGCAAAUCUUUCGCAGUAAUUAUUACUCCCGUCAACUCAGAAGCCCUGCUGCGAGAGUCCCUUUACACAAUCUCCAAUAUAUUAAACAGCAUAGGUCAUGGUAACAAGAAGGUACAGCCAGAGCUCUCAGUUUUACACGGUAUCCACGCUUACAUCGCACGCACCUCUAGUCUUAGAACGACAAGGCACUUACCUCUCCGUUACCAAGGUUACAGUGACAUAAUUCAGCAAAGUAGAUAUGCACCAGACAUUGAGGUAUUGGCGCGCUAUCUCGAGUGCGGAGCCUGGCUCAUGCUUUACGUCUACAAGGCCUUGUUCCGUAUCACACACAUCAUCUACGCCCUUCUGUGUGUGACAAAGUACGGUAUAUGCAUAAGUCUCAGUAAGAACACCCGCACAUAUACAACGAUCAGCACCCAACAUGGAGAGAAACUAGCUCCGUUUCUGACUGAUGAUGGUCUAGCUGUUACUUUUAUCUCACAAGAAGAUCUCUGCACAUUCAAGGAGCUUUUUUCCCAGUGGAAGGAGCUGGCAAUGAAAUAUCUUUCGAAACCGUUCACGCCUCUUUUCUCGAUCAUUUUCGAUAGAACCUUCAAUGAAGCCGUUACUACACUGUGCAAGAGACUAAACAGGAUCUAUGACAAAGUUAUCUCCGUACGCGAUCAUGGAAUAUUGACUAAUCUCCGAAAGAUUAAUGCAUCCAUAAAUCCGUCAAUGGAGGUGCCUCUCUGGUAUGAGGUCGCCACAUCCAACCCACAGAUAAGAUCCAAAGUGUGCCAAAGAGUUGUGCCACUGAUCGAUGAUCACUACCAUCCUUCCUCAUUAUUCUUCUGCAAUACUCCCAUACUAUAUUGUGGGGAGUUCCUUAUUCGGAGAAAUUGCUUCAAAGCAGUCCAAAGCUUACACUUCGAAGUCCUGAGUGGAGUUGAUGGAUUCGUCUUGCUUCCACAACGUCCACCCCUCGUUGACGCAACCCACUCAGGAGAUAUCCAAGAGACCAACAUGCCUCUACGUGAGCUUACUGCUCUAGAAUCAUCGGAUGAGGUGCUAGAGUUGCUAGAGCCUAUCGAGCUACCAAAGGGCGUGUUUCUAGUCUCAGACAAAAUAAUUCGGAACAUUGCUCCCGCCCUAAUGAAGAAUAUAUCAAAAGCGUGGGAGGAAUUUAAUCAUCAGAUUCAGAGAUAUGAGAAAAUUCUUGCAACAGAGCUCAAUAAGCUACGACAAGAACGCAUGGUGCCCGACACUGCAACUAAACAGAAGACAGACUCAGUAUCAUUCAAGCUCAAUUCCCUUAGCAAGCGGAUGCAGGAAAAGGUUGGAGGACAGAUAGGAUCUGAUGAUAGCUCGUCCAGCGACGACACCAAUGCAAUCGAGAAGUCCUUGCGUGAGCAAGAUACUUCUAAUACUACAUCCCAACCAGAUGAGCGUUCGCGUAGUGAUGACUAUAAAGGGUUCUUAGAAAAUGAUCCUCACCUUAUCGCAAUUUCCGAGUCAGACCCCGACUCUUCAAAUCAGUCAGCGACACAGCCUCAGCAACUGACCGCUCCACAGGUGCUGCACACGCUUACUCCACACGAUAUAAUAGGUGUUCAAAUACAGUGCUGCUCCAUAUUCGAUAAUUUUUUCUCCAACUUUCUUUUUCGCUCUACAAUAAUAGUACUAUCUUCUUACAUUAGAUUAGUAUAUUCAAAAGAGAUUAGUGACGCAUUUGCUGGAAAGCACACAAAAGAGUCAAUGAUGCCUCUCCUGAAUCUUCUAAAGAACUUUGGGAAAGCAAUUGAGAUGGAGGUUAUUUGCUCACACAAGCCAACGAUCCAUAAAAAGGCUAUCGUAGCUAAGCUUCACGAGUGGUUUGACUUGCUGACUGAGUGCAAGCGUAUAUUUAUGUCAACAAAGGGCAUGCAAUUGUUGUCUGCAUCGGUGCAUUUUCCAUUUGUCUACUUUCAGCCUGGGGCUAACAAAAUCUUCAUUACAUCUGAACACGGAACAUAUUCCUUUGAGGCCUCACAACAGUGGCUUGGAGCAGCCACUAUUCUGGACACAACUUUAAAGCUCAAUCCCCGACAACUAGGUCUUCUUAACAAGAUCUUCUCUGCUAUAUCUGAGCGCAUGAUUAUAUUCCUAGUUUGUAGCAGCGAAAAGGGGCACUCCAAUACGGAGCUCUACUUGAUUACAACAGCUCUUUCACGGUACCUAUUCAUGCGCGUAAUAUAUUGCCCGUUCAGCGAGUACACCUUUGCCGCAAAUCUCCAAAGAUUGUCGUCGGCCGUUGCAAACGGCUGCUUAGCUAUUGUCGUUGGCAUUGAAUAUCUCCCAAGCUGGCAGCUAUUACAGCUAUGCACUUUGGCAAAUGACUUGCGAGUCAAGCAAGGGGCUCUCCCAGGGCUCGUUGUAAUGGACAAAGACACGGGAGUUGCCAGAGGAGCCACUAUGUCCGAUUUCCCCAAUCUAGGCUUCAUAGUGUUUUUCUUACCUGAACUAUCGCCGAUUUCGUGUAUGGAAGAUGUAUUUUAUGUUGAUCCUAUUAAUACGACCACCACUAGUAUGGAUAUGCUUCUUCCUGUGCUCGGGCAGACCUCGUUCACCAAUGAAAGCAACUAUUUGGCCAAUAAUGUCACUGAUUAUUAUUCCUCCUCGUAUGCAGCGUCCGAGCGUCUCGACCUGGUUGUUGCUCCAUUUAGAAUCAGACGGGUGAUCAGUUUGGAAAUUGAGUCCCCAGAUGCCCUCUAUCUCCGAUUGUCGCCAGAGUAUGGCCGGGCCUUCUACGAGAUAUCUGUCUUUCUGAGGCAGUUCAGCGGCUUGACAUACAAAUUUGUCGCGGGCGACAUCCCGAUGGUUUACACUCACGUGAAAGAACGAACAGACGCGCUUUGCAUGGCAGCCGUCACGCUUGAUAUGAUCAUGCGCCAAACCCUUAGCUUUAUCUUGCAUCCCAUGACCAAUGACAACCUGGUAGAGGUGUAUUGCAGAAUCAUUUCAUCUGCAUUUGGACUGGACAAGACCUCAACUGUCCAGCUUUAUAAGCUCAGCAAGGCCUAUUGGGACUUCAUUAAAGCCAGCCUAUUUUCUCUCAACCUCCUCCACGACCACUCAUCAGAUGGCAAGUUGGGAUUGGCUAUGGGAUACAAUGCAUCAACCGCCGUGCAAAGCGUAGUCCAUGCUCGAUCAACGUUUGCCAAGUAUUUUAGCGAGCAUCUAUCUAAGUAUCUGGCUCCCCGACUUCUUAAUUAUGUAACGCUAUUUGGCCAGAUGCACCAGCUCGCGCCUCAAUUUGUUAUUGAUAUCAUCUUUGCCAACGAGCUACUAAAAUCUGGGAGGCCUCUUCUAGCGGUGGUCCCCCAGAGUAGCUACAUUAGAGCAUAUACUGCCGUGCUAACAUCAGUGAAGCAUUGGGAUGUCUCCUAUGUCACUGACUCUCGUUCAUUGCGAGCCGCACUGAAGCGACUGACAUAUGGUGAUUCAGCCAUGAGUUCUGAGAGCCUACUGGAGCCCAUUCCAGGCAAGGUGGCAGGGGAGCAGGAAAAGGCACGAAAGUCAGAGCACUUGAUUGUUGUCGCGCCCCCCACCUCGCAUGCUCUAUUGCGAAUGUUCGAUCAGCUCUUUGGUGCAUCCCUCCACUACCCUAUCAUAUUGGAUGAGUUCGGAUGCACGUACUACCAGUUUGACAUUGGCCGUGGACCGUACUUUAUGAUCUGUGUAACUAUCAGUAUGCUUCAAGAUUUCGGCCCGUUGAUUGACUUAUUUACACACAGGGUUGUGUUAUUACCAUCCAUCGAGGGAUCCGAUGGUUGUAGGAAGAUUUUGCACGGGUCUCUAUUCAUUGACACACCACAUCUAAGAUUUAUAGCUAAAAUGAAUGUUGACUUAUGGAAGUCUGAACUAAAACGCAGGAAAGUGGAGUCUCGGGAUGCCUUGUUUCUGUUGCAAGGAUUGGAGUCGCUCAUGGCGACUGCUUCCAAACAGACCACAUAUAUGACCCGUGUGAUCCAGAGGAUCGCUGUACUUCCGACCUUUAUCAAUAGCAUCAUCGGGUUUCUUUAUGACACCAUGGCCCACGUAUUCAAUUGCGGGCGUAGCGUAGAUGAGGUUUUCCUUAUUCGGUCCAUGUUCUACUUUUUCUUGCUGAGGUUUAACGUUGUCACCAUUUUGCGGAAACCACUACCAUCGCAGUUUCUUCUUAAAAGUCUGGAGUACUCCCAAGCGGCUCGGGGCGAAACCCCCCAAGCGAUGAAGAAUCGUGUUUCCGAGAUUGCUAAGCACAAGGCCUAUGAAGACGGGUGCUCGCCAAUGGCAUUUACAGGAACAUUUGCAUUUACGCUCGUGUCCCACGUACGCGAGUGUGUCGAAGUGUUGAUGCGGUUGAAAGAAGCCCUUGCAAAGCAACAACCAGGGUCUGUAAUUCCUUCGCUUCCAGAGCCAUUUGGGAUGACUCUGGAUCAGCGGGCCCAGAUACUCACGUUUCUAGAUACGAUAGGUGUUACAAUUCCAAAGGAGAUCCUAGCAACUACAAACAUCUAUUCAUGUUCUUCUUCCAGCUCCCGGCUUCUUAAAAAGGCCAUUUGUGGGCCUGAGUCUUCAGGUGUGAAGACCGCUCAGGCUAUUGCAAAGCAGGCUCUUGUGCAAAAGCAGCAUAUGCAACGGUUACACAGGGCAUUCUACAGCUCAUUCACAUCAACUUCUCACACAAUUCUGGCGGAUGAGGUGUGGCCAUUUCUCGACGUUGCUGGGUUCUCUUUACAAGAAAUACAGGAGUUGGACGACCAUGUUAAACAGAAAUCGUCGGGAACCACCAACCUAACUUCCAUUAUUAAUACAGCGCUACUUAUGAAUGCAGAGAGAGAUGUCCUGCAACUGGGAAUGGGCUUCUGUGGCUCCUUGGCCUAUGAGCUGAGUAGUAGCUUUAUGCUGGAAGCAGUCUUCAGUCCGGAAACACAUGCCGAAGCCUUCACAAAUCUAGUUGUACCAUUGGUGAUAGCUUUCUGGAACGCAUGUAGCCUAUUUGUCACAACCUAUGAUGAUGGUAAGAACAAGGUCAGCAAGGGGACCACAAACUAUGCACGCUGGCUAGGCAAGAAAUACGAUGCUCUCACUACAGAAUUUCAAAGCAUAGAAAAGUUGACCCAGGCCAUGUACUGUGGCGUCAGCCCCUUUGUCACGCUUCUGUUGUUAGAGGCCAACUCCCCACUUGUGCAUCCAGGUCUUUUGAAGCAUUAUGACACUCUGUAUAGGCUAGACUUGGGGGCGUUAAAUCACGGUCUGUCCAGUGAGGUAAUAAUAAGCAACUUCCGCACCUUCAGCAAAAAAGUUGUUGCAUUGCUUCCUAAAGAGUUUCCCGUGAACAUGUCGUCAUCUACAACGCAGAAUUAUAAUCCUGGUACGAUUGCAAACUCCUGUUUUUCAUACAUAGAUUUUACGUACGGAUUGGGGCAGAACAAGAAGGCAGUUUCCUACAAAAAGUAUCUCUGCAAGGCGGAGUUCCGGCUCUAUGAAAUCGGACACGGAAUUAUGAAAAGAAUUCAUGAGUUUCGUGACAGGACCUUCGUGGAAAAGAGCAUUGAUAUGAUCACUACACGCCUUGUAGAACGCAAAAAGCAUAAUCUUGCUGUUGCUAAAAGAAAGGCAACAGAAGAGCACGCAAAGAUUAUACAUGCCAAAGAGGAUGCCCUCUUUACUAAGUUAGUUACCACAACAGCGUCCAAGACUCAACAAUCUGCAGCAGCACAGGACAGCAGCAAGCCACUGAGGUUGAUUAAGCCGGCCAACGUUGACUUCUAUAUGUCCUCUUCAGACGAAGAAGAACUGGUAACAGACAAGACCUUAAGCAAAGAUAAGGAGCAAGAGGAGAGCGACUCUAGUGAGUCCAAUGACACCGCUGACAACCUAGAGCAAGCAAAGAAAGCCAUGAACCUGGAGCUCACUAAGCUAUCCAAACUAUCACGGAAUGAAAGAACUGCUAUUGACUUGGAGCUUCAUGACUAUGACAAGGGAGAGUCUGUCUCCGUUCAAUGCAGCAAUCCGACUAUCACUGUCUUCAGUCCCCAUCAUUGUGCAAUCAUUGUCGCUCUGGGAUGCGCCAUGUUGAGCCCAAUUACUGUGGCUCUGAUCGGGCAGCGCGGCAGUGGAAAGUCUAGGCUUAUAGAUAUGGCCAGGCUUCUAUUCCGUGACUUACUUGCUCCCGACACAUUUCUUCUCAACGACGUUCAAACAAGUAAUAGCGUACAUGCCAUCGCCAGCUCUCUCUCAUCUCGGUGCCUUCAACGCAAUUACCUCACAGCUGCUAGCUCUCGGCGGAAGAAUGCGUACAUAGGGAAAAACACUUCUCCUAACACCGUGCUAGAAUACUGUGACACCCUUUGCUUCCCAUCUCUCCACUUUCACUGCAGUGAUAUUGACCCAGCUGCUUCCAUCAAUGGUCACUUUGCGCUUCUGCUACGUGACCACAUGUUGCUACUAGACGCCAACGCUGAGGUGCCUCACCCCAUAUACCUGGACAUGCCGUACGACCUCAAAACAGGUGCCAUAAGCCUUUCAGACAUGUCCAUUAUUGUGGAGUGUACUGCAGAUCACAACUUGACAAGUUACUGCGGACUGCAAAUAGAAGUGCCUCCGUGUACUGAGGCGUAUCUGAAUGGACUUUGUAAGCGCAUAUUUCCUCAUCAAACGGACUCGUGGAUAUCCCAAUAUGUUAGCGGAUACUUCUUGGUGCGUGGCUCUUUGCCCAAUUCUAUCUCGGAGACGUAUGCAGUAUUCUCUAACAUGUAUCAAAACUUUGUGAUGACAAUGAAUUCUCUUACAGUGGUUCCAGACAAGAUGAUGCUACACAUCCGGGAGGAAGAAGAAAGCGUUCGAGCAGAUAAUUGCAUCGAUAAAGAAGAGUGCUCUCCCACAAUGAUCAUUAAGUACAAUAAUGAUCAGCUGCUAUUGCGAGCAUCGCUCCAUAGCCUAUUUUCUUCGCUACGCAGCAUGGCCCAAAUGGAUGCCCAGUUUAUGGACGCUGUCAUCGAGCGGUUCGCGAGCCUAAGCUUCCUGGGCUAUUUGGAUACGGAUGAAGAGUAUGUCGAGUCGGUAGGGAAAGCAGUAGCUCAACGGCGCGCAGAGAAACUGAAGAAGGCCAAGGCUUCUAAGUCUCCACGCCUCAAGGCAUCCAAGAAAGAAGAAGGUUCCGGCAAUAGAUCAGAGCAGGUCAAAAAGAUGCACCCGACAGUGUUGAAGAAAAGCGAGGGCCCUUGGUCUGACGUAAAGCUGAUGCUUAUAUCAAACUUCGCGUUCUAUCCCGCUUGGGAAGCGUUCAUUAUCAACCACGGAAUCCGCCUCGGUCACAAAUCCCUAGCAUCACAUAGGUUUAUGGGCAUGACCUCCAUGUCUAUGAAAACCACUCCCUUUGUUAAAGAGAACACGCUUCUUAUGGCCUCUACGCUCAACAGUGUACUUUGCCAGGUUGAUGGAAUCCACGUUAAUGCGUCUGAGCUUAUCGCAUUGUCAUACGCAACGAUCAAUGCAUUCUGGUUUGGCCAUUUUCUUCUCUUGGCCAGCAGACUCCCUAUUUACGAUCCAUACAUGCUCUCGCGCGUCUUUCAUCUUUAUGUGACUAUUGAAACAGAGAAAGAAAUGAACAUGGCCAGGUUUGUGUCUAUGAUAAAUAACUUUGCACCCCGACCUGCAACAUCGAGUCUUUCGGACUUCUAUGAUUACGAUCCGUUUCAUGGGACACGCAUCUACUUGGCCAACAGAGCGGCUCCCUACGCAGGAAAAAUACAUAUCCACGUUCAGAACACAAUAGCAAUGCGCACAGGAAAGCAGCCGACCUAUGUGGACCAAGAUGUUCGCGAAUAUCUAUCUGCGAUUUGCGACGCAGAAACUCGCUCCUGGCGCAGGCUACUCCGGAAGCAAACAGCUUCGCUUGUUAUCAGUCCAUCUGCAACAGUAGAAGAAGAGAUUUCCCAGCGAAUUUCUUUCCAGGCAAAGCCAAAGGUGAACCCUAACAAGGCUGCUAUGUUUCCUGGCUUUUCCCUUGCUGCAAUGAUGUGUCUGCGGCCUGCUAAGUAUACUAUUAACAUCGCCAACGGAACGCUCCAGUCCUAUGCAGAAAUUCUUUCCCAGCUUGUCGCCCUCUCAAAUUGCCAGAAGUUUACCGUUUCCAGCUUUGGGAGCAUAUACAACAGUAGCACUCAGCAGCGCGUUCUUUUGGAUGCCGCAUCUGUCAUAGUAAGCUCUGAUCCUCUCAACCAAUACUUCGUGGACUUGUUGCACAAGGUUAACGCUGACAUGAGGGAGUAUGAGUUUCUGCUCCUGCUCCUCAUGAUACGGACAGCGAUGGCCCUGGCCCUUGGGAUAAAGCCAGAAGCUCUUUAUCCUGAUACCGUCUCACCACUCAAUCCUUCCACGGGCCUCAGCUUCAAAUCAGCUCUAGAGACAUGCCUUCCGUCCCGCACUAUAGGAACUGGACGGGCGUACUCUCUUCUUCCUCCGGCCAUUAAUGAAUGGUCUGGACUUAGAGGCAAGCCUCACCAGAUUAUUGCCAGGGAAAAGCGCGAGAAGGCGCAGGACUUCCUUUUGCCAUCGGCUCACGAUGUAACUGUGAUAGCUCCUAAGUCGGCACUUGGCAGGGUGGGGGCUGCCGGAAUCUCGGUUUACCAGCUGCUCACCCGCACCCUCGAGCCCUUGAAUGCAGCGGAGGGCAUCUUCAGCUCCGAAGAAAUGGGUGUUAUAUGUUCUCUAGUCCCGCAAUCGUAUGGUUUGAAUCUCACGUGUGAUAGGCGCAUGCUGGCCAGUUUUCUAAGCAUCAAUCUAGCUGUGAUUAUUGUCGAUGAUCUUCCUGUCGGCCCUGCCGUGUACCUAGGGUCGGAUAGCUCUGCCUAUGUUAAGCCGCAACUAUACUCAGAGAGUCUCCGCGUUCCUGUGCUUAAUUCCAUAAAGUCUCCUGCUAUAGAAAUGAUAAAUGACAUAGAGACAGGCUUAGAGUCAUUUAGGAUGCAAGGUGUAUCUAUCAACGAAGAGCAUAUGCACGAUAUGCAGCAGCUGUUGCUGGGCAAUUCGAACAUAAAGGCAAAGCAGGAAGAGUACAAGAUGAAUCUCAUUAGGUACUCGUUCGCAGAUAUAGUCAGCAUCUGCAAUAUAUCUCGGUGCACCUUUCCUAAUGAACCCCCGGCCCACAUCUUCCGCAAAGGAAACAAUCACCGUACUGAGUUUUUGGCUGCAUUCAAGCACACGUUUGCAGCUGCAACCAUUAGUAUCUACAAGUUUGCAAGUAGGUUCACAUCUGUUCCCACGGUCUCUUUAAUGCGUUUUACGGCAUUGGCGUCGCAGCUCACAAAUGCCAUAUAUCAACGAAUAGGAAGCUUCUUUGAAUAUAUAGAUAUCCUUACAAAUGCGCUGUUCUUUUACGAGUAUCUUUCAGCGCCAAGCAAAACGAAGCACAAGAUCAUUGAGAUAACGAAACUGACUGUACCUGUUAUGGUCAGGAUUGUCGAAAAUGCUGUCUCAUCUGUUGAGCGGCAUACGGGCACAACACGACUAGUCCAAAAGGGCUUCAUCUCCCGCAAUCACAAUAUCCAAACAGCGGUCGCCGAGGCAGUGAUUAUGAGGGAUUUCCUGCACUCUCUACUGCACCUUAUCAAGCGAGAAAUAAUGGUGAUGGAGGCUGUCGUGCAAACAGCGCAUAUAGACGCACUACUAUGUUCUGCAUAUAUGCUGUUCAGCGAGACCGAUAGGCUCUCAGAAGACAAGUGUUUGCAAUGCUUGAUAAACGGUGAAUGUGGUGACCUCUCCCCAUAUCUGCAGGAUCUCCUUGCAGCUUGCCAAAAGCAUACAGAGAACAACAGUCUGAGCCCGUUCACCGUUGCCAUGGUCUCUAUUCUGAAUAAUAAUGGAAUUCCUGUGCAUAUCCAUCGCUUUGACAAAACCAUGGACGAAUUACUCAAGGACCCCAUGAUGAUUUCUAUCACAGCCGAAACGACAGGCAAGAGUUUCUUUCUGAAUCACAUUAUCAGGGUCAUGGCUAUCGACUUCCCGACAUACAUCAUAUUGAAAGUGCUCAAUGUCGAGUGGAAGCCCACAGACCCUGCCAGACAGACAUUGGACUGCGUUGCAUUGUCUGACAUGAUCAACAGCUGCGUACACGUUGUGCCCAGCCACCUUGGGCUGUCUGCUGCGUACUUACUAGAAGGGAUCCACAGAAGCAAGCGGAAGCGGACUGGAUACUUGCAAGCCCUGAAUAGCUCUCUUAAUGGACUAGAAGAUGAUAAAAGCAUGGAGCUGAUUGACGAGAUAUCCAAGAAUAUCAUCAAACUGGAUCUUCUGCUACCACCAGAAGAGUUUUCACGAGAACUGGACAUAGCAAUCCAGAAGAAUAUGCAACGGUUUAGUGAAGCGAGGGAUGUGGCCCCAGGGACUGAACAGUGGUAUAAAUACAAGUAUCUUAUUCUGAAUUACGGCGCCCCGAACGCCAACGGAGCAAACAUUUCUCUUCUUCGCAAACUCUAUAUAAAUAGAAAUGUCAACAACGGGAACAAUUCUGUCGUAUUCUCCCUCUAUCCCGGCACAGACUUCACUACUGCAUGCAUGCGCGUGGGGAUGCUGACUCAAACGACCCUUGAUAUGUUUUCAUGCUCAUGCCCGUGUUCGAUAAUUGCUAGGAAAGAAGUGGACACAAUUGAUUUGGCAGAGUAUCCGACCGAAAACGCUCACAAGAUCUCAUGUAUACUAAUAGAAUCCAUUUUUGGGGAAAACUCUGCAGGGAGGUCUUCGGACGAAUGCACACGAGUUGGUAAUGCCGCCAUAUCACAGUUGCUUGUUGGAUUGAGCCUUUCCGUUAAGAACUACCUCCUCACCUUUUUGGCCAGUUGCUCAGACAUGCAAGCGCUUCGAACCAUUGCAUCUACGCCUGCCGAAUCAUCACAUCAACAUUCACAGAGCCUUUCAUAUUGUCUUAAGCAGGAUUCUCCCUUGAAAAGUAAUCAAGAGAAAGCUCUGACCACUAUCUUCUCUCUUGGACGUGACAUUGCCUUUUCAGCUGUCGGGAAAUAUGCCCUUAUAGAUACCCUAAUUAAGAAAGACAUUGAUAAGCCAGAUAUUGACAAGGAGAUUAACAUCAUAUGCCUCCAGCGUACAAUAGUUGACACCUUAGGGACAAGCAUUGCUAUGAAGCUUGGACGCUCUCUCUCAUUGGUUGCAGAGAUAAUGUGGCGUUAUGCACAAGUGCACACUCCGUCGGUUAUCUUAGCCGAUGAUAACUUUAUGCCAGACUUGCACCUGCGCAUUAAGCGAGCCGUUGCAAGUUACACAGAAAUGCUGAUCAAGGGUAAUGCAGCUAAGCCUGGUGCACUAACGCCCGAGCAGCUUAAGGCCCAGGGACUCAUGAGUAUGCGUGAGUCAUAUCCGUUUAUCUAUGCAAUGAAGCAGAAUCCAGCCGCCAUCACCUCAUUUUUAGCAGCAUGUAUUCUUCCAUAUAUCAAUGAGCGCGUGUUUCGUCUAUUUGAGCCCCGGAUUGCCGCUGGUGUAAUGACAUCCCUAUCAAUCUUCUUCAUUGCAAAUCUUAAUGUAUUUGAGCAGGACCUCAUGAACAAGCACUCGACAAGCAUGGAGCGUUCCCUUGGAAUUACUGUCAUUGGAAAGAACUCCUACCCAGAUUUUAUCAAGAUGAUAUCAAUACAGCAGUUGGCAAACUGCUUUCUUGUUAAUAGUCGAUUCCCCCUCACAAAAAUUUAUACGAGAUCGCAGAUAAAGGCAAUAACAAACUUUGAGCAUGUGACGGAGUUGAUACCGGAAAUCUGUUCCAUCAGCCCCCGAAUCACAUAUGCAUGGCUUGUCGUUACGGUUCUGGCGCGAUAUAACACUAUUAUUGCAGAGUCUCUUCCCUGGUUUGCGCAGCACCAUAGCUCUUUUGUAGCACUUGCCCUCACCGAAAAUCCUUUUCUGGCUAUCAUGGCCUUCUAUGCACAGAAGAACCCCAAGUUUGAGUGGAAAGGGCCGCAUGCUGAAUGGCUCAAGGCACAGAUCUAUCAAGAAGCUGCCAAGAAGCACACCAUUAUCAAUCUUCCGCCAAACUUCUUAGAACCCUCGGGCAGUGUUAUCUUUGCAGUGUAUUGUAUCUCAGUAGCACUUCGACCGCAUACCAUUGCGUAUGCAUCCAACGCUUGCAUCUGCUUCAUGAACUCUCUUGUAGGGAACUCAUCGGCUUACUUAUAUCAAAAUUCAACGUCAAACGCAUACUUUGGAGCCACGGGAAUCGUGUACAGCCAAGAGACUGCGGCCUUUGUAGCCCGGGCAGGCUCGAAGGACUCGUCUAUGGGUCCUCUCUCAAUUGCGUCAACAUCUAAGCUCAAAAAGCAAGCAUUAUCUGCGAAGAUAGCAGAAGGGUUUGCAGACCUGGUCGCAUUGUGCUCAGAAAAUCCAGAGUUCUUCGUGUUUUCAGAAAAGUUACUAAGUGACGGAAUUUAUUCUCUCUCAGAGCUUUGCGAGGUUUCUAUUAAACAACUUGCAUACUUCAAAGAGAUGGCGUCCCAAAACAUAGAGCUCACAAGUAGAGCGCCGCUCAUAGUAGAUAUUAUCUUCUAUGAUUCGUGCGUUGCCAUUGAAAUACUGCUAGAGUAUGCACUCAAUCUCGCCCAGAUCGGAUUGCCGUCUGUGCCUGCUCCAAUACGUUUUGUUCGUGACCCAACACUAAACGAUCUAAAGAACUCUAUCAUAGUUGUAUCAGUUGAAACAGCGCUGCUCGGCUAUACCAUGAUCGACAGCCUUACUCGCAUGUUAGCCCAAAAAGAGACACUGUAUCGAUCAGACAUUACAUAUCCCCUAUUUGUCUUGAUACCAUCUAGUCUAACGCCUCAUAAUAUCUUUGUACCCGGAAAGGUGGGUGGUCUGGACGGUGACCCUAGUCUCCAGUAUGAGACUGCAAUGUCCAUAUCGAAGCUCAUUGCUGUCGCCAAGCCCAACUUCUUCUAUCUGCGAUCCCCCAGUACCCUAGUCGGUGGGUUUACGCACACGAUCUGUCUGUCUAUUGCAGUUGUAGGCAAUAUUAUGCUAAAGGUCCUUGGUGGGAAAACAAUACGCAGUCUCAAUAAGAGUAUUCACUUCUCUAUUUCUCUUCGCGGCCUGUCACUUUUGUGCCUAAAGCAGGCGUUUCUGUUUACGAGAGACACCAUCGCGGCGUCGGAUUACGAAGUAGUCAAUGUGAUUGGGUCGUGUAUUCUGAAGGCCCUGUCAACUGCCAAGCAUCAGCAAAUCGAUACACGCAACUUUGGACAGGUUGCAAUGUUAGACUCUGCGUAUUUCACGUACAAUCUUGAUUUAACAAAGUCUGUCUUCGAUUCUCAAUAUCUGUCUAAACUUAAUGAGUACAUGAGUCAGCUGUUGUUUGCACGACAUGACGCGAUACAGAAGGUGCUCCUCACUAGGCUGGUGACAACAGAAAUCGAGCUCUAUGACAAAACCUUGAUGCGGCAGCUCAAGGAGAAAAUGAAAGCCAAAAAGAACGAUGAGAAAAUCGAAAAAGAGCAGGAAGAAAGCUCCUCUUAUAGUUCCGAUGGCGAUGAGACGAGCGACAUGAACUCUAUGGCAAACUCAGCGAAGUCUAGCAUGUUUGAUGGGGACUCACUAUCAGAACACCUUUCCGAAAGCCGCUCCUUCCGCUCCUCAAAGUCGAAUAGGUACUCGUCCUCUCGGAGCUCUGUUAGCGGGAUUUCUGAGGCCCUGGAUGACUUUGACGACUCAGUCAGCCAGACACCCAGCUCGGUUUCAAAGAUGUCUGGAACCUCGGUACAAAGCACAACUCUUUUUAGAAUGGCAGAUGGAGGAGUAACGUUCAUGCCAGAAGAAGACAACAUCUAUAACUUCUUCCUAAUGGGUGUCCAAAUGACGAGCAACAACCUAGAUCCAUCAAAGCCGGUGUACGUUGACUCUAUUGAAAAGUCCGUGCUGGGCAUAAUGCAGCCGCGUCGAAGGACCGUUGUUACCGUUGACGCCCCAAACAUGAUACACAAAAAGCUCGAGCGUUACGAAAAACACCUUGCAGUGUCAUCUGCCGACGGCGCAGUGGCCAGGAACAUUGAGAGAGGAGGCUCUGCAGAGGAGACUUCUAGCUCCCAAAAGAUUGGUACCGAUGGCCAUGUAAUUAAGGACGACUCACUAUCACUAUUGUUGGAGCUUGCAACGCGGAACGGAGAGGCACCAAAGAAGGAGAACAUAAAGCACUACCUAGUGAUCCCAACACACGUUGCUAAGAUGCCUGACUUAAUGUCUAUCUAUGCACAGCUUGUUCAGUAUGAUACCAUGCGGCACGUCUUCUUCGAUGAACAGGGUGUGACACAGAAAGACAAAGAGUGCUUACUGGCCUCUCUAGGCCAGCAGAACCUUAACACGGCAUAUCGGCUCAUAUUCUCAUCGCACUUUCUUACGGAUACUAUCUGUCGCUUCCUCAGUAUCGAAAGAAAAAGCAAAAUGGUCUACCAAAUCAGUGAUAUGAAGGCUAUGCCCCAAAUAUUCAAGACAUAUUUGAUUAAUCUCAACAAUUACUCUGCAAUCAAGUUCGGGUACCCGGGAGUGCUCCUUAGCGGUGACGUUCUUCUGAACGGCCUUUUGCCUUCCACGUUCAGCACCAGCGCUCUUAAAAUGAUCACAGGUCAAUACGGUUUCGGCUCCUUUAUGGAUCACUGGAUAGUAUCAGGGGCUGUGUACUAUAAAGUUCUGGGCGAUAUACUGAACUAUCUUCGCGUCAUCUCCUCCAUCAUGACAACAUCUCCAUUGGUGCGCCAAAAGGUUAUUGUACUCCUGAAAAAGCCAACAACCAUGCCACGUAUAUUAGAGGAUGGCAGUAUCUUUAUCGACAAGAACACCACAAACCCACGCCCGGUAUUCUACAUUCUCAUCCGCAACAUGGAGCUCUUAGGGGUCUCGUACGAUCCGGUUCUGGACACAAUCUGCGAUAUAUCACCGGAAAAGGGGCAAGGAUUUAGCAACUGCUUUGAUCUGUACGCGUGCUGCACCAUCAUAGACGACGCAAUGGGAAAGAAGGAGCCGUCUCUGAACAAGCGUCACAUGCGCCUUCCAAAGAACAUUGUUCCGGUUCCUCUCAAGAUAGGUGGUUACUGUGCACCCAUAGUUUACAUUCCAAACAAAACAGAGAUACCCAGCGAGGAGUGGAAGUCUAGACAUCCGUGCUUUGUAGCUAAAGUGCUCUAG